AUGAAUGGGUUUGUGUGGGAUUUAGCAUUUAGGGUGUAUGUUUUCAGUUUGGGGGUUCCGGGUUUCAGGUAUUUCUUCCUCCGUAAAAAAAGAAGACGUCAUAGAAGAGAGGAACAGUUAACCUCUCCCCCCUCAGAAGAAAAACUCCUUGAUCAUGUGGACGACCAGGCAGAUGGUCCACAUGCAUAUACCUUAGUAAAGGAACGCAGACAACAAAGAUCAACACCACAAAGAGGAAGAAAAAAACGGGCUCAUAGCCGUGCUGGUGGUGUACGUCGCCGCACGAUUAUUGAUAUUCAUUUAGAAGUCUUAGACGAAUAUCAAAAAGGGGAUCUUCAUUCGACGAAGGAAGACUUUCUACAAAUUAUUGUUCAUGAAUUUAUGGGAAGGAACUUUGUAAAAGGAGAAAAUGUUCCUAAGGAACAAGUUCCUCUCAUAAAUAUUCCUGAGGAACAGGUUCAAUGUUUAGAUUCCGGGUUUAGGGAUGAAGACUUUGUUCCUAAGGGAAAUGUUCCUAUGGAACAGGUUCCAUGUUCAGAUUCCGGGUUUAGGGAGGAAGACUUUCUUCUUAAGGAAGGUGUUCCUAAGGAACAGGUUCAAUGUUCAGAUUCCGGGUUUACGGUGUAG